AUGGCGAGCCUCCGUGGGUUGUCGAGGCCGGCUCGUAGCCUUCACCUUUCCCAAUUAUCACGCCAGACUUGCACGGCCGGGUCGAUACGAUGCGCCUCGUCCGAAGCGGGCUUAAAGGACCUCGAAGACUCGACGCUCACGGCGCCGCAACUGAGCCAUGAAGAGAAGAAGGAAUUCAGGCCAUGGAAGCGUGCUGCCGACAGGAAGGUUGCGCUGCCUAGCGGGAGAUACCAAUACCACCCCCCAAAGUACAACCGCGGCCCCCUCCACCCGGUCCAGUCACCACCUUCCUCCGACCCAAUCGCGCGAGACUUCGUCCCGGGCCCCUUUAACCUGCCGCGGCUCAAACAGACGUACCACUCGACGAUUGCAUCGGACAUCAUGACGCUCGCCUACACGCACGUGCCGCCGGGCACGCCCAAGAAAGAGACGCCGGAGCGGCUGCGUGGGUGGGACGGGUCGUCCCCCUACCACAAGAACCGCGCGCUGCGCGGGCCCCGCGGCAACCCCGUCCUGCCGCUCCUCGAGCGCGACGUCACCUUCAACAACAUCCCCGAGAUCAAGGAGGUCACCAUCGCCAUCUACGUGCCCGACGCCAUCAAGGAGCCCGACCAUCUACUGGUGGCGCGCAGUGUGCUGCUCUCGCUGACGGGGACGACGCCCGAGAUUACGAAGACUAAGAGCAAUGUGGUGCAGUGGGGGAUUAAGAUUGGGGACCGGGCCGGUGUCAAGUCGACGGUUUAUGGGAAUGCGGCCUAUGAGUUUUUGGAUCGGUGUGUACAUUUGGUGUUCCCGAGGAUCAAGGAUUGGAGGGGGAUUCGGGCGACGACGGGUGAUAGCUCAGGCAACUUGUCGUUCGGUAUGUCGCCGGACGAGGUCAAGCUGUUCCCGGAGGUGGAGGCCAACUACUGGAUGUAUCCGGCCAAGAUGCUUCCUGGCUGCCGGGUAUUCAUCAAGACGACAGCAACCUCGGACAGGCAAGCCCGGCUACUGCUGCAAUCGUUUGGCGUGCCAUUUUAUGGCGAGGUCCGGAACUAG